UGGAUUAUAGAAGAAGUAAACAUUACAAAAAAAUUUCAAAGUUUUCAAAAGCAUUCGAUUCAAAAAACAAGAGAAUCCAAAUUAAGACAAAAUGAUGUUUAUGAAAAAUUGCAAGAUCCUUGUCCAUAUCCUGAAUUUACAUCUAAUGAAUGGAAAAAAAUACUAGAUUCAAAUCAACACAGAAUUAAUUAUACAUUACCAAGUGAUAUUUCAAUAGCUUUAAAUGCAGCUGCCCUUAAAACAGUAUUUGGUGAUAAUAUUUUUAUGACUGCAAAUGAUAAUGAGUUAAGCGCUAUUAGUUGUAGUGUCUUCAAUGGAUUACGUAACUUACCUGUUGAAUCUGCAAAAUCAACCGAAGAUUUGCACAGCUUUAUGUUUUUACAUCCAAUAAUAAGACCUAUUUUUGUUCCACCAGAAGAUUAUACCAUCGUGCUUAACAAAUCAACAUAUGAAAACAAGGAAAGGCCUGAUUUUACAUGCUUAGUUGACGAAAUCGCUGUGUUAAAUACUGAAAUCAAACCCAUUGGACAUACAUCACUCCAAAAGAACAAGGAUAUAGUAAAAGCACACACUAACGCCAAAAGAUCAAUAAAUGAUCUAUUAAAGAAAAAAGGAGGGCCUCUGAAAGCGAUCAUUCUUCUUAACAUGGGAAACAUCGUUGAAUCUUAUAUCAUGGAAUUAAACUGUCACAAGAUAUAUUGUUCAUGGUGCUUUUCAAAAACUAACCUAGUAAUGGAUAGGGCUUCUAUGCCUUUAAUUGAAUCAAAUAUCACCCAUUUUCUGGCACUCAAAGAGCAACUAAUUGAUAUUUGUACUGAUUUUAAACGAAGACACAAACAAUUCACAUCACCUCUGCAAAUAUCAGAAAAUUCUAACUAA